UUGGCCACGCUUUGCCCGCCCCCAUCUCCGCCCCGGCGAGGGCGGCAGUGGUCCGUACCUUUGGCCGAGCGGCUCCGCAAGGGAUCUGGACGCAGAGGAGAGCCGCGGAGCGCUCCCUGUCUGGGCCCUGGUCACCUAACGCUCAGCGACGCCGCGGACUCCUCUCCGCGGCCGAGGGGAGUGGGUCACCGCUUGCAAGCCCAGCUGUCUGGGAGGGCGAAAGAGAGACAAAGUAAACGCCAAAGAACCUCCAGCCUCUGUUCCUGCCUGGUUUUAUUUUAUCUUCUGUAUUUAUUUCGGAAAAAAAAAAAUACAUCGCCGUGUUUUAAGUAAUUCGUGCCGCGUGUGCAGCUGUUCCAGCACACCCCUGAUAAACAAAGGAAAAGGGGGAGGCGGCCCGCUUUUCGCAGAAGACAUGCGUUCCGUCAGGAAGAGGUGGACUGUGUGCACCAUAAGUCUUCUUCUCAUCUUCUAUAAGACGAAGGAAGUAACACGGACGGAGGAGCGGCAGGAGGCAGCUCUCGCCGGGUAACUGCGGGGCGCCGCGACGGGAGGGCGGUCCGAGGGGGCGGCUGGCCCUGUGGGUUGUCAGGUGCUCCGGCGCUACUCGGGCUGUGACCCGCAGCCUGCGAUGCAAGCGCACCUCGGCACUCUCGCUGGCGGACGCUAUCGGUGGGCCCGGAUGCCGCUGCGGGACGAGUGGCGAACGGGGCUUGCUGCCAGGGCUCGACGGCCGCAGGAGAUGGUACACUGAAUUUGGGUAGAUCAAUGAUCAAUAGCUCCAAUAAGAUAAUUCGAAAGGGUGGCUCCUCAAUUUUCCAACAUGCUGCAGAAGGUUGGAAAAUCAAUUCUUCUUUGGUAAUGGAAAUAAGGAAGAACAUACUUCAGUUCUUGGAUGCUGAAAGAGAUGUCUCAGUGGUCAAAAGCAGCUUCAAGCCUGGAGAUGUAAUUCAUUAUGUACUGGACAGACGUCGCACUCUAAACAUUUCUCAGGAUUUGCACAGCCUUCUUCCUGAAGUGUCCCCAAUGAAAAAUCGCCGAUUUAAAACCUGUGCAGUUGUUGGGAAUUCUGGCGUCCUGCUGAAGAGUGGUUGUGGAAAAGAGAUUGACAGCCAUGACUUUGUAAUAAGGUGCAAUCUAGCUCCUGUGGUGGAGUAUUCUGCCGAUGUGGGAACUAAAUCUGAUUUUAUUACCAUGAACCCAUCAGUUGUACAAAGAGCAUUUGGAGGCUUUCGGAAUGAGAGUGACAGAGAAAAAUUUGUGCGUAGACUAUCCAUGCUGAAUGACAGUGUCCUUUGGAUCCCAGCUUUCAUGGUCAAAGGUGGAGAGAAGCAUGUGGAGUGGGUUAAUGCAUUAAUCCUUAAGAAUAAAUUGAAAGUGCGAACCGCCUAUCCAUCACUGAGACUUAUUCAUGCUGUCAGAGGCUAUUGGCUGACAAACAAGGUUCACAUUAAGCGACCCAGCACUGGUCUUCUCAUGUAUACACUUGCCACCAGAUUUUGUGAUGAAAUUCACCUGUACGGAUUUUGGCCAUUCCCAAAGGAUUUACAUGGAAAACCAGUCAAGUAUCACUAUUAUGAUGAUCUGAAGUAUCGGUAUUUUUCUAAUGCCAGUCCUCAUAGGAUGCCAUUAGAGUUUAAAACAUUGUAUGUGUUACAUAAUAGAGGAGCACUUAAAUUAACAACAGGAAAAUGCAUACAGCAAUAAAGCACAAGUAUUGUACAAUAAAUACAGAAUACACACCUCAUCAUAAAGAUGUUAUGAAAUGGCAAUGGGACCACAGUGGGGAUUUGUUUCAAUAUCCACUGAGUCAUUGGAAGAACAUGUUAUAUCAGAAGUACAUAACCAGCUAUUAUACCUGUAAAGUGUUAAGUCACUAAGCUAUCUUGACUGCAAGGGUUCAAGUGCCACUUUCACUAAGAACAAAGCUUGAAUGUAUGCUCAGUAGCGUUUAUAGGAUGCAGUGACACACACAUUCAUCACGAAUUAAAGAAGAAAAAGAGCCUGCCAAUUUGCAGCUGUGGUCAGACAGCCCACACAAGAAUACCUAGUGGAUGGAAUAUUUACUUGAGUAAAUAAAUCAGGCUUUGGCAGAAAAUAUCACGAUGGAUUUGAGUAGAGAAAGUGAAGUCUGUAAGAUGAAAAAAAUCAGUAAAUGCCUUUAGUCAGAGAACUGUUUCUGAUAUUGUAUUAUAACCUCAGCUUCUGUUGUUUUUUUUUGUUAUUGCCGUUGGUUGGGUUUUGUUGCUAUUAAGUUUUGGAGCCCUUAAAAGAUUUCAAGGGUGUUAUAAGUAAAUUCAUUUUUUAUCUUACAGAACUGUCUUAAGGAAAAAAGAUUUGUAAGCAUGGGAGGGUGCAGUGGAACAUAAUAUAUUUUAUCAAAUGUUAUUGUGUUGCAUCCUGCUGUCACACAGUCCUUAACAUCCCAAUUGUUUUUCUAGCUACUGUUUUCAGUACCCAUUACAUGAAACCUCACAGAUACCAUUUUAAUCUGAUUUAUAAGUUUUUCUUUCCUGUAAAUAUUUGAAGACAUACAAGAGGAUGCCCUUGUUUUCAGUGCCAAAGAUUACUAUUGUACACAUUUUUCCGUUAUCUUGGAGAAAUUGUGUGGAUUUAUGUUGCUUUGCUGCUUAAAGGAACAUAUUCUUUGUUAUUUAUUUUUAAGCAUCUCAAAUCAAAGCCUCUUUGUAGAGUAUCUCAAAGCCUCUUUUAGACUUCACAUAUAGAAUUCUUCAGAAAAACUGCAAGAGUAAAGAAAUUACUUCAUGCACUCAAUUAUAUGUAUGUGUGUAUAUAUAUCUAUAUAUAGUUCUAUUCUUGGUGGAAAGAAAAAGUCUAAAGAAACUCAGGUGACAGUGGAAUUAAAGUGAAAAAAACCACCUAGCCAAUUAGUGGACAAAAAUAUAGACCAUACAGUUCUUUUAAACUUCUAAUGCUGUUACAUUAUCUGUUUAUUUAAUAUACCUCUUGUAUAAUCUAGAUGUUCUGAUGUGUAACUGACUGAAAUAACACAUUAUCUCACAGUUGGUUUUUUGAUCAUCAGUCUUGUUUGUCAAAAAACUCAACAGUUCUUUCACUUCCUUCUUUCUAACAAAAGAAAACAAGAAAUUACAGGAGCACAGGAGAGGGUGGAGUGUCAGUACAGCAUACAUUAAGAAACAAAACUUGUCAUCCCAUGAUGUAUUUUAGUGCUAAAGGAGCACAUAAAUAGGUAACAUCAUGAUUUCAUAUCAUAUGUUAUUCUUGGCUAAGGAGUAGGCAUGCCAGUAUGAUGUAUGGAUAUUUUUCUUGUUAUGUUUUCAGAGAUACAUUAGAUCCUGGUCUCCAAAUAUGAUAUACAGUCUAUCUACUGAAUUUUUAAUUUGUUUGAGCAAUUUUAUAUGUUUUACCACUCUCAAAUAUUUACUUGCUGAAAAUGCUCUUCAUUACCCAUUUUCUUCUCUUAAGUUCAUGUAUCUCAUCAUGCAUGAUUGGAGAUCUGGAAUUAUUGGCCGCUAAAUCAGUGCCUUGCAGUCAAAUAUUACAGGAAGUAGAAAGUCAAUUAUAUUAUAUGUAAGACACAGUAACAUCUUUCCUUAUUCACUAGACUCUUGUACUUAACGACAGUUUACUUUGGCCACGUGCUAAUGUGCAAUAAGAGGUCCUAACAUGAAACUUACUGAAACCAAGGUAUCAUGAGGAAUUAAACAGUCAUGCAGACUGGAAUGUGUUUAAUUUGAUAUUGAUAAAACAAAGGGUGCUAUUUGUUCACUAUGUACGCCUUCAUUUUAGUACAAGAUUAUUUCUACAAUUAAGGGUGAGCAUAUUCCUGUUCUUGCUGUUAGGAAAAUGUUGAUUGCUACUGUUGAUCUUCUAAAGCACAUUUAAUAUACAUUGACAAAAUUGCUAUUGGAAUAAAGAAUUCACAGAUUGCCAGUCUCUCAGAAGCUCAGAGAAACAUCCUUAUCAACAACUUUAUCUUCUGGGAGUGUCUUUUCUUCUCUCUAGUGUCAGGCCACAGACAAACCUCAUGCUCAAGUAGUCUAAAAUAUUAACUGACAGGUGAUUUUGUUCACCUGUGGAAGGUUUGAGUAUGCCAAUGUAUUAUGCAUCUGAAGCAAAGUCAAUGGGGACUCUUGUAUUCCUUGGCAUCAAAAAAAUCUUUGUGCAAAUGAGUACAUGAAAAGAAUAUCAUGUAAAUAGAAAGAUAGGUGAGAGAAUUUGCCUUUAGAAGUCAGCAGAUAAAUUAAAUCUUUGCCUAAAUCUUGGUUUUGCAUGCUUCACAUUUGAUUUUCUGCAAGUGAAGUUAACUUUAGUACAAAAGCCAUUGAGUCUAGAUUUUUACCCUAUCACUAAAUUUCUCUGACAGACACCAGAGUUUUCCCAUACCUCCUCAAAACUGGGCCUUAACCUCAUCUUAUGCAGGCUUUCUACCUUCAGUACUGCACUCUUGGACACUGUGAGCCAUAGGCUCAGGGCAUUUUGCCAUCAUCCACAUUCAUCUUUCUCACAGCACUCUCCCUUAAACCAGCACCUAGGUGUGCCUCCUUACCAAAACCAUGGGGCUCCAUACCAGUGCGCCUCUUCUCUCACCUGCCUCACUUUAUCCUGAGCUUAGGUGUGAUGUAGUGAGGGGUGGGUCUCAAACUACUGUCUGAGACAAGUGGCAGUUGUAGUGUGACUCCAUAGGUUUUUACAAGGACUAAGGGUCAUUUUACACUCUUGUUCUUGUAUAAGACCUGUGUCUAUGUGGAGACCAAAGAUUCUGGGAGGCCCUUUGGUGUGUGGUUUGAUGUUUCAAAAACAAAUUGUUUUGAGGUGGUUUGUGACCACAAGUUACUGCGUGGUCAAAGGUGACCUAAGGUGAGAAAUGUCCAGGACUUUCCUUGUUGUUUGCAUUCUACAGCUGGGAAGCUGUAGCAAUGGACUCUGCAGACACCCUUCUUAUCUUUCCCUUAUACUGCCUGGCACUCUUGGAGCAUUUCUGUUAAGGCACCUCAGAACCUAAAUGGAAAAAUAGAUUACUUCCACUGUGUGAUUUUUUCUUAAAGGGGACCCAGGACAUUGCAGCAAAGUCUUAACUGCUGUUUAGAGACUUUUGAGGUGGGAUGAUUUCACUUUGUGGUCCUUUACUGAUUAGCAGUCAACAGCUUAAGCCUUCAUAGCUGCCUUGGGUGAUUUAUGUUGUUUUGUUUAUAUUCACACCUCUGCUGCCAACAGCACAGAGAAGAUAAUAAAUUUAUAUUUUAAUUACCACUUUUAAAAUCCAACACUAUCAACAAUUAAUACAAAGUAGUAGGAUAAAAAGAAAGACCCCCUAAUGUUGUAAUGUUAUCUGCCCCGGUGAAGAACAACUGAAAUGCCAAUCAGUUGUGUUCAGAGUGUUCCUCAAAUUUAUCCUCUCAUCAGCUAUAUCAAUUGCCUGCUGUAGCUCCAAAAUGUACAUUAAAAAUAAGAACUAGAAUCUAAAUCAAGACAGCAGAAUGUGUCUAUUUGCCCAAAGGUUAUGGCAGCUUUACAUUAAACAACUUGAAUUAAUUCAGAUAAAUUUAUUGUAAAUUGUUUGUUAAGAUACAUGUUAAUGUGUCUGUGACAGUCCAUCAUAUUUCAUACAAAUAAUAGAUAAAUGUUUGAUUGUUAAUUUUCCUGCUUCAGGACAUUUCUUUUCCACAGCUCUGAGCCAUUCUCCAGAUAUAAGAUCUACUGAACCUUUCAGAUCUGAGUCUGAUGUGUAGUAAUGACUGUAUCAUUCUUUUGUUAGACAAUAUAAGCAACAUGUUUGAGGUCAGUACUUUUUCUCUAAUUACAAUUUGAAGAAAAACAGAUGCAGGUUCAGUACCUUUUUUUGUGAUUAAUCUAGCAAAGUGCUAAGCACUCUUUGUGGUGACUUUCCUGGGAGAGACGUGUCCAGGAUUUAGAUGGGGAUCUAGAUUAGCAUAUUUCAGGAUAGAAGUCUGAAAUUGCACAUUAUUUAUUUUUAAGAGCACUGUUACUUUGUGUAAGGAAAAGCACAGUUAUUAUACAUGUACAUAAAGGAGAGUACUAUUGCUACUGAGUGUAUGUCAUACAAUUUCUGUGGUAUAAAGUAUUGAUACAGAUUCUCUCAGAAUUGCCAUGUUUGACACCGUUAGUCUUAUUUCAAGUACAGCUAUGGGGAUUGUUUUUUAUUUGUAUGACUGAAAAAAAUAAAAAUUUCCUUUCAUGUUUUC